AUGAUGUUUUGGCAUCUAACGUACUUAUUUUUUUGUCUUCUAACAUUUACUUCUGUAUUUUGUGCUGAUACAUCGUGCACCACGCUCAAUUGUCAAUUACCGAGUUGUCAAUGUCCUAUUAGUAAUCGUAAUCCAACAUCAUUAAAUGUUACUGAUAUACCUCAACUUGUUUUAUUCACAUUUGUUGGUAAUUUAAAUCAAUAUACAUUCGAUUCAGUUCGUUCAAUUCUUAAUCCAGCUCAUCGAAAUCCAAAUAAAUGUCCUAUAUCAUCAACAUUUUUUGUCAAUGAUAAUUUUACAGACUAUUGUUUAGUACAACGUCUUUUUAAUAAUCAUAAUGAAAUAGCUAUGACAACUUCGAGUAAUAGAUGUCCAUUAACGAAUUGUUAUGAAGAAAAUCAUUGGCGUCAAUGGAUUGAUAAUGAUUGGAAACGUGAAAUAAAACAACAACGUUUAAAUCUUAUUGAACAAUCAUAUAUUCAUCAUUCACAUAUAAAAGGUUUUCGUGUACCACAUUUACAAAUUGAUGAAAAUAAACAUUUAGAACUUAUUCGAAAUUUUCAUUUUAAUUAUGAUUCAUCAAUGUUAUUUCAAUCAUCGAAAUUAAUAUGGCCAUUUACAUUAAAUUACCCGAUUAAUCUAAAUGAAUGCAUGAAUUGUGAUGAAUCAUAUCCAACUAUGGAAGGAUUAUGGCAAUUUCCAUUACAUGAAUGGACUUAUUCAAAUACAAGUGAAUCUUGUCGUACUUUUUCUGAUCCAAGUUGUUUACCCGAAGAUGAAGUACAUACUGCUGAUUUAUUGUUUGAUUUUAUUAAAUAUAAUUUUGAUCGUCAUUCAUCAUUAACACUUGGUCAACGAUCUCCAUUUGUAAUUGAACUUGAUUUAAUGUGGCUUUCCGAACAUCAAAAUAAACGUCUUGAAGCUAUGCUUCGUUUUAUUGAAUAUAUUUUAAAUAGUGAAGAUCAUCGUCAUGUUUAUUUUGUUUCACUUGAACAAGCACUUGAAUGGAUAAAAUAUCCUCGUACAUUAAAUGAACUUGAAGAUUUUUGGGCAUUUAGUUGUACUGAUACUAUAUAUGAUUAUGAUAUUGAUUGUGCUGCUUUACAAACAGAUUUUUCAAGUAAAUCAGAUGCUCAACGAUUAAUAUCAAAAAAUGAAACAAAUAAAACAGAUACUGAACCAGUUGAUCGACAAGCUGAAGAAUUAUUUCGUAGUGGUAUUUUAGUUCAUUCCAUAUGGAUAUUUAUCUUAUUAAUUAUCGUCGUUCUUAUAUAUGAUAAGUAUUUUGCUAAGAAAUGA